AUGACCAAGAAAAAAAACGGUGUUAGUAGGUGGGUACUUGUGUUUUCACAUAGAACAAGGGUUGAACAUAUAGAGAAUCCAACUUUUCCUUUGGAAGCAUUUCGAUUUAGGAACCUUGCAGAGAUGCAUACAGUCGAGAAAGUAGAGGAUCUUGAACUGUUUGAUAUAAUUGGAGAAAUUGUUGGAAAGGAAGAUCCAAGAGAAUUAGUAACUAGCAAGGGAAUAGAGACUAAGCGAUUGGUUGUUAUUGUGGAAGACUUGGAGAAGAACAGGUUAAGUUGUACUCUCUUUGGCGAAACUGUUGACCAGAUGCUCCCUCACCUUGAUGAAGAUCGACUUGAACCACUUAUUGUGAUCCUCCAAUAUUUUAAAGCAACCAGAUGGAAUGGCAAAACUUCAGUGCAGAGCCACUUUGAACUGUCCAAGGUCCAUGUCAACCCAGAACUAAAAGAAGUUAUGUCAUUCAAAAAAAGCUUAAUGAGCGGCUCUGAGUCAACUUCAGUGAGGAUUAGCCAUCAAUCGACCCAAAGUUCAUGGGUUGGGACUGAUGAGCUCAACAAUGGCAUGGCUAUUGUGAAAACAAUCGAACAAGUUUUAAAGUCUGUUGAGGAGGGGCCAACCUGGAUUGCAGGUACUAUUGUCUCAAUCAAUGCUGGGAAGGAUGAUUGGUUUUAUAAAGCAUGCAGGCGAUGUCCAAAAAAGGUGGAAACUCCUAUUGGGAAUAGGUACGAAUGUGCAAAGUGUGGCCACACCCAUGGUUGUGCAGCACUCAGAUAUAAGGUUGAGGUCAUGGUCUUUGAUGGUACCGGAAGCAUUACAUUGUUGUUGUGGGACAGAGAAACCAACCAGCUGUGUGGGAAAGCAGCUGAAAAAAUUGUAGAAGAGGAUGAUGCUAAAGAGGAUGAAUACCCUAAAAGUCUAGACAACAUGAUGGAUAGAAUGGUGCUUUUCAAAAUCAAUGUGAAAAGUGGUAACAUAAAACACUAUGAUCAGAUUUACACAGUCAUGAAAGUGUGUGAUGAUGAAGAAACUGUUGCAAAGAACAAGCCUCAGCAAAUGGACGUUAGUACAUCUAUGAACAUCACUGAGAAUAGAGGUAGCAACACGCUGGAGAUGUCCGGACAUGUUGUUAAUCUUAAGAAUGAUAAUGAUCCUCAGCUUACUGUGGAUUCUAUGGAAGACUGUGUUGAAAGCCUCAAAUACAAAACACCAGCUAAAAGAAUUGCCGGCAGUUUGAAGUAUAGUUCGGUUGUUGAUGAAGAAUGCCAGCUUUCGACAAAUAGGUUCACCCGAAAGGGAGGGAAAAAACUAAAGUCUCAAACAUCUGAGGCGGAUAAUUAA